GACGAAGCGAUCGAUCACCAGUUCAAUCCAAGAUGGCGGGGACAGCGAAAAAGACUGAUUUGGGAUUAUUGGAAGAAGACGACGAGUUUGAGGAGUUUCCCGCCGAAGAAUGGACAGCUGUAGAUGAAGACCAGGCUGACAUGCAUGUGUGGGAAGACAACUGGGAUGAUGAUACUGUUGAAGAUGAUUUCUCUAAUCAGUUGAGGGCAGAAUUGGAAAAGCAUGGACACCAAGUGGACCAACCAGAGCCAAUGAAAACAUGACCUUUUCUUACACUGGACUCAAUCGCUUCUAGUUUCUGAACUUUUCUUUUCCUUGUUAAUUCUUUUUACAUGUACACAGUGUAAAAGAUGUAAGAUAAGUAUAAGAAUUCUUUUAAACAAAAUUCUUGUUCUUGGGACAUUUAACUAAAAUAAAAUGUACUUGGUUGGCUAA